AAGUUUCUCUUUGACUCAGCCUUUACUUGAGACUAGCACAACAAUUGUCGCGUGCCAAGCGGUUCAAACAGUUCGACAAAAGGUAGCCCAAAGGUAGUCCUAAGGACAUUUACUGCCACUCCACUCCACUCGACAUGAGGGACAGCGCCAGAGCUGGGCUCGAGCCAGAGUUUGCUGUGGCCAUAUGGUGCCGGUUGCUGGAGUGCGGCUCGAUGCAACAUAUGGUCAGUAGACGGGAGGCACUAAGAAAUUCAACAGCGAGUUAAUUGAUGUGCCAGUCGGUAGCCAAGAGCUCAUCCUCGCUCUCACCCUCACGCUCAGGCCUCUCGCUUGCUCGCGCUGUUGUGUGCUGUUGAGCGUGAAAGUCACAAAUUAUAGAAAAAGAGAUCACAUGCCAUGAUAGCGGCAAUUUGGCAAGCUAUGACGCGUGCCAGGGCCAAGGCGAGAGCGGCGCAGCAUGAAUGAGACAAAGGUCAAAGUAGUAGGCGGGAGCGAGCGAGCGAGUGAGCGAGCGAGCAAGAGGGAGAGCGACAGCGAGAGAGGGAGAGCGCAUCUAACCCCUAACUGGCCGCCCCUGUUGACGAUCCUUGAUAUGGUAAUGAUGAAGAUCCUGGCUGAGGGGCAAGGGGUCAUUUGCGGGCCACACUCAUACAAACUUGGUCAGCGCGGCGGUAACAAUAUUUGUGCAACUAGACACCGUGGCCCGAAGGGUGGCUUUGCGGCUAGCUGCAGCAUAAUCAUUUCGUCUCUGGCCAGCUCGUGCCGCUCGCGCGUCAGUUGCAGUUGCGGCACAACAUUCGAGCCGUGCAGAGCUGAAAACGCCAAAGAAAUGAGCCGCUACUACUCAUCGGAGGAGGACAACAGCUCACAGUAUCUGGGCAGUCCCAACUACAAUCUAACGCUGAUGUCCAGCGGCACGGCGGCACAGCAAUACAGCCAGGUGGCGUACUUGUCGCCCGACUGGCAAUUUCUGGAUGCCACAGGCAGUGCCUUGGAGCAGCAGCAGCACCCGAUUGCCAGCUAUGAUGAGGCACACACCAUGCAGAUGCACCACGCACCGCCGCAGGCCGAGAGCCAGCAGCCGCUGAAGAAGCGCAAAAUGGGUCCGCGCAGAUUGAGCGUACAGUCCACGCCUAGCUCGCUGGUGCUGAGCCCCACGGUGCAGAAGCGGAGGCGGCAGGCGGCCAAUGCGCGCGAGCGGAAGCGCAUGAAUGGCCUGAACGAGGCAUUCGACAGGCUGCGCGAGGUGGUGCCGGCGCCCUCCAUUGACCAGAAGCUGUCCAAGUUCGAGACGCUGCAAAUGGCCCAAUCCUACAUAUUAGCGCUGUGCGAUUUACUGGACAACAAUGGCGAGGACGUGGAUGCCGCCGCCUACACGAUCUUUGGCGGUAGCGAAAGCAGUUUUGAGCUGGCAUCUUAAAUGAUCA